AUGGAGAUGGAGAUGGAGAUGGCGAGUCCGUUGGUGCGCUUAUGCUUAGAGCAAGCUUGCAAGAGCGGAGAUGCGGUGGAACGAUGGCGUCUUCAGCGACGGAGCCUAGAGCGCCUGCCUCCUCACCUUGCCGAUGCUCUCCUCCGCCACCUCCUUCGCCGGCGACUGCUUUUCCCUUCGUUACUCGAAGUAUUCAAACAUUCUGUAGAGAAAAUAGAUCUUCGAGGAGAAAGCUCCAUUAACGCAGAAUGGAUGGCUUACAUUGGAGGCUUUGUUAAUCUCUUAUCUCUAAAUCUUUCUGAUUGCCAGAGAAUCAACAAUUCCACCCUCUGGCCUAUCACAGGAUUAACAAGUUUGACGGAGUUGGAUCUUUCAAGAUGUUCAAAGGUUACGGAUGCUGGUAUUAAGCAUCUCCAGUCUGUUGCAAAUCUGGAAAAGCUGUGGAUUUCACAAACGGGCGUUACAGAAGCUGGAAUCUCUCUUCUUGCUUCACUUAAAAACUUGUCUCUUCUUGAUUUGGGCGGCUUGCCUGUAACUGAUCGCAACUUGACUUCUCUCCAGGGACUAACAAAGCUAGAGUACUUUGACAUUUGGGGCAGCAACGUCACCAACGAAGGAGCUGUCAGUAUUCUCAAAUUUUCAAACUUGAGCUUCCUCAACCUCUCGUGGACCAGCGUCACACAGGCUCCAGACAUACCGCAUCUUGAAUGCUUACACAUGAACAAGUGUGCCCUUCUCUCCAUAUCAGAAACUCACUGCUCCGCAUUAUCUUCCUUGAAAAAGCUCGUUUUAUCCGGAGCCACUUUCAGUGCCGAAACCGAGGCCUUUUACUUCGCCAGCAAAAGCUCUAUAACCUACGUAGACGUUUCCAAGACUCCCAUCCAAAACUUCAGCUUCUUAGAAACUAUGACGAAGCUGGAGCAUCUUGAUCUGAGCUCCACAGCUUUCGGGGAUGAUUCUGUCGAGUUUGUAGCAUGUGUUGGUGAUACUCUGAGGAAUCUCAAUGUCUCGGACACGAAAAUCACUUCCACUGGGGUUGAAAUACUUUCCCCACAUGUACCACGGCUCGAGACAUUAUCUCUGUCCCAGACAUUUGUCGACGACCUAUCUAUCUUAUAUAUCAGCACCAUGAUGCCGUGCCUUAAAGACCUUGACUUGAGCAUGACCAGCAUCAAAGGAUUCAUCCAAAAACAAUCUCCACAAGAAGAAGAAGCAGAGCCGUCACUAGCAGCGCUCAAGUCUCUAACUUCACUUGAGACGUUGAGUCUAGAACAUCCAUACCUAAGCGACACAGCUCUCUCACCUCUAAGUAGCCUAACCGGCUUAACACAUUUGUCCCUAAAAGGCCCUUCCCUCACAGAUUUCACCCUCCACUCUCUCUCCUCUCUACCAAACAUAGUCAGCCUCGGAGUCCGAGAUGCAGUUUUGACCAACAAUGGUCUCGAAAAGUUUAAGCCGCCUUUAAGCUUGAGAACACUCGACCUCAAAGGCUGUUGGCUUUUAACCAAAGACGCUAUCGCUGGUCUAUGCAAAAGACACCCUCACGUCAAAGUCAAGCAUGAGUUCGUGCAGGAUUCUACUUCUCUCGACCAAAAUCAACUUCUUCCUCGGUCAUCUCCUCCGCAGAGUUUCGCAAAGGCAUCGAGGAGGAAGAACAACCCGAGACCGGAGACUUCUGCUGCUAUUUCCAGGAGUUCCAUAGAUCAGAGGGUGAAGUAUAAUAGGGAAGAGUUGGUUGCUCUACAAGAUUCACCUUUAUCGCGAUUGCUUCCACGGGAAGGUGAGUUUGUCAGUGUACCGGAGAUAUUAGCUGAUUUCGAUUCAGUGAUCCACUUGACUUGA